AUGUAUCAGGUAAUUGUCGGAACAGGAGAUUUGGCCUACGCACUUGCCCAUCUCUUUCAUAUCAACAAUACCAAUGAUUCGGGCAAUUUUCUAGAGGUGACAAAGCCGUCGCUGCAAGAGAGUGGCAAGAGCUUUCAUGAAACAGGAGUCCCGUUGAGUCCUAUCGACGAAGCCUUGGAACACGCCGAUAUCGUAAUUCUCGCCAUCCCGGCCAAGGCGCUCAAGUCCUUCGUUCCCAAUUACAUCAUGGCGCUAAAGGACAAGGUCUUGAUUGAUUGCACCAAUUCAAGUCGGGAAGGAGAAGACCUCGAAUCUCUCGUCACGAACACGAACAUUCGAUGGGUCAAGGCGUUCAACGAUCUCGGGGCCGUCGAUAUCCUUACCAACAAGGUCACCACAAAGAAAAGGAUCGUAACGAAGAUGUGUUCUCCCAGCAAAAGCGCAAUUGAGGUCGCUCGUCGACUUGCACAGGAAUCGUUUGGCAUCGAUGUCAAGGUUGUCCCGUACUCUCGAUACGAGGAUAUUGCGAGAAAUCAAAAUAGCAUUGGCCAACAGUGGGCCCAUUCCGCCUACAUUUUGAUCGUCAUCUUCGUUCUUACUGAGUUCUAUGCAUGCUGGCGGUACAACGUCGAAAAGGGCUACGAGUGGUUUCAUCUUCCGAUGCAGGUCACCAACAAAGCCAUCUGUUGGACAGCCAUCACUGGAUUUGCCCUCACACAGUUGCCUGGAGUCAUUGCGCGCAUUGGCAACUACUUCCGAAGUAACCUCUCCGAUCUUUCUCCUACGUUGAAAUGGGCGCUGCAACUGCGGAAAGAGCUGGGAAUUCUCUCACUCUGGUUCUUGGGGCUUCACAUUCUCAUGAGCAUGAUCCUUUUCAACCCUGCCUAUUAUGGCAAGUUCUUCAUUGACCCAACUGCAAAUACCUCCAAAAUGAAUGUGAUCGGUGAAACAUCCUUCUUGUUUGCCACUGUUGGCUCCAUGUUUUAUUUCAUCUUGGGACUGGCUUCUCUACCCUCUGUCAGUUCAAAUAUGACAAACCAACAAUGGCAGCUGAUCUAUGGUCCAUUGGCUUGGGCAGCCCUUGCAUUCGGAACGUCUCAUGUAAUCAUCAUGGGAUUCAAGGGCUGGGAUGAUCACUUGCAAGACGAAUGGCCAGGAGGAAUGCCACCAAUCACCUUAACAUCUGUGCUUAUUCCCAUGUUGGUCUUGUUCCUGAAAGUCAUUGAAAUAGGUUUGUUUCUUACAAGCUCGCUGUGCCGUCGGUCCAUCCCCAAAAGCGAUGAUGACAUGCAGUACAUCCGAACUGUAAUCCAAGCAGGCAGCUUACACGUUGGUGGCAACGAUUCAGGCAAUGACUCUGAUGGGACACACAGCAGUGGCAAGUCGAAGUCGACAUGUUCCACUGUAUCAGUCAAAAUGUUGGGCAAUUUUGAAUGCGAGAUUGUCGAGGACCAAGUUUAG